UAGGUGCUGCUGUCGCUGCCGUCAGCAGCCACUUAUAUUUUUAUAGAAACAAUUGGUGAAAAUUGCAUUGCGGACAGGUUAAAAUUGCAAAGCGGUAACAAUGAGCAACGAUGUGCAGGAGCAGGAGCUCGGCGCCGAGGUGGUAGCAAGAACAACUGCCUCCAUGGACGAGAGCGAGGAGAGCAUGCGUUGUAAAUUUGAGAACUUGUGCCGUGAUCUCAACAUGGAUCGCCCCACCGAGGACGAGGCCUAUCGGAUGCUCAAAAAAGUGCUGCAGCAUUAUUCGCUUGAGGGCGAGAUCUUGCAUUGGUUCUGCUGCGCUCUCUUCGCAGCCUGUCGCCAAUCAACCACGCCCACGGUCGGUGGACAAGAUGCAGUUGUCAUGGGCAACUGUGUGCCAUUAAACAAUCUGCUGCGCAGCUGUCAAAUGAGCAUCUACAACUUUAAGAUCAAGAUAAAGCUGUGGUGCGACAUGGCCAAUCUGUCGCAUGAUUUUAUAAAACAGAUCGAGGAGCUGGAGCGCAAGUUUAGCAUCACAUUCACCAUCUACAAACAGUUUCGCGUCAUCUUUGAUCAAGUCUUCCUCUGUCCACCCAAUGAAAAGAAGCACUCAAAGUCCAAUAUGAAAUGUUCAUAUAUUAAGCUAGACGAUAUCUGCUGGCGUCUGUUUCUUUGCGCCAAGAACCAAAAGCCUACAACGACUCUUGAUCUUGUCACAUCGUUCAAUCUAAUGAUGUGCUGUAUUAAUCUCAUCUACUCCAAUGUGCUGGCCGAGAAGCGCACCGAUCUCAUCAAUCCGAAAUUCAAGGGACUGCCAGCGAACUGGAAUUCGCCGGACUUUGACGAGACGCACGCGCGUAAUCAUUGCAUACUCAAGUACUUCUGCGAUAUGGUGGAGGAUGCCAAGACCAUGAAGGCCACUGUAUUUAACAAAAUCAUGCAAAGUUUCUUCCAAGCAAAGACUAUAUUUGGCAACAAGGAUACGUUGCUGGGCCUGGUCGCCAAUGAGAACUUUGAGCGCAAUCUUAAAUCGCUGAACUUUAGUUACGAGCAGUACGUGCUGUGCGUGGGCGAGUUUGAUGAGCGCAUCUUAACUGUCUACCAGCUGGACGCCAACGAGCAUAACAAUCUAACCGAGCAAGCGUUACGCCCGCCAGGCACGCCGCUGACACGCAAGCAAGAUUUGCCCGCACAAUCUGUGAUGUCCGAGCAAAAGUUUGAGCCUGUGACGAAUGCUACAAACAACGUUAAGAAGCUCAGUUCCAUGAUUAGCUGCAUUACGGAGCCCACCGAGUUUGUGAAGAAAGCGAUGGAGGAGGGAAUCGCCAAGAUGACCAACAGCGUUGAGCAAAUAGAGAGCAAGUUUACUUCGGCUUAUCCAAUGCGCAGCGAGGCAAAGAAUCGCUUCCGCCUGGCCAAGUCGCUGUUCUAUUAUCUGUUGGAUAAGAUAUUGCGCGCCGAGAUUAAGAACAAGCCGCAGAUAAUGCACAAGAUCUCAUUGGACAUCUUCAAUGACACGCUCAUGGCUUGCUGCAUUGAGCUGGUGCUCGAGGCCUACAACACGGACCUUAAGUUCCCCUGGAUUCUGAAAUGUUGCAGUAUUAGCGCCUUUGAAUUUCAUAAGAUUAUUGAGAUUGUGGUGCGUCACGGCAAGCACGAGGGCUGCCUGACGCGCAGUCUCAUCAAGCAUCUCAAUUCGAUUGAGGAAACCUGCCUGGAGCGCCUAGUCUGGGAGCACAAAACGCAAAUCUGGGAAAUGAUUACCAAUGCACCGACGCCACUGCCCACCUACAAGGAGGUAAACGAGGGCGAGGCAGCGGGUCCACUUCAGAUAUUUCUACGCAAAGUCUAUCGACUGGGCUGGCUGCGCAUCUCGAAGCUCUGUUCCGAGCUCAACAUAUGCGAGAAGGAGAAGAAGCCUGACAAAAUCUGGAGCAUAUUCGAGCAUACGAUAACAAACCAAAUCCACUUGAUGCAAGAUCGCCAUCUCGACCAAAUCAUAAUGUGUGCAAUAUAUAUUUACGUUAGGGUGACCAAAAUGGAAACCAAAUUUAGUGACAUUAUGCGCGCCUAUCGCAACCAACCGCAGGCAGUGAACAGUGUUUACCGUGAGGUGCUCUGCGUCAACGAGCAGGGCGAGCCCAAGUACAAAGAUAUUAUACACUUUUAUAAUAACAUAUAUGUGCGAGUCAUGACCGACUUUUGUAUUACAAAUCUCAACGAACAGGAUGGCAGGGUGAAUCUGCUGUUAUCGCCGCAUCCUACCGAGCGUGCUGUGGUGGCCAAGAAGCUGACGAACUCACUCUUUGUCACACAAAUGCCUAAAAAUGAGAUUCAACGCUCGCCCGACGAGCUCGUCUACGUUAUUAAUUCCAGUCCGGCCAAGAAACUGGAGGAUAUGAACAAAAAGGUGCUGGGCAAUGGUAAGCGCAUGCUGCGCUUUGGCGACGAGACCGGAAUUGUAACCACUACUGCUGAAAUCAAGCGUCGUCGCUCCUAGGUCAUAUUAAGUAAACGUUGCCGCUGAUAGUUGUAGCUGAUGCAUAAGCUGAGAGAGGGAAAUAGGGAGUUGGGGGAUAGGGGUAAAUGUUAGGCGCAGACGAGGGCGGGGGUAUGCUGAUGCUACGCUGCAGGCUUUGGUGGCAAAGAGAGGCAUGUAAGCGAGCGGCAUGGCAACUGCCACGUGGCAUAUGCAAUCUUAUUUUAAUUGACAGCGGCGAGCGCUUAUCAUUUUAUAUUUUGUUUUAAUUUCACCUUGAUUAAAUUUUAUUUUUAUCUUAACUAUCUCCUACUCGUACACACUACAUUAUAACAAUUAAUUUUAAAUUUAUUAUUUUUUUUCGUGUAAUGUUUAGCCUGCCAUUUUAAUUUAACACAGUAACUGCAUCUUCUUAUAAACACUUAAAUAAUUUUUUUAUAGACAGCCAAACAUAUGCAUACAUACAUACGAUACAAGCAUUCAUAUAAACAUGAUAUAUAGCACACUGUUUACAUAUAUACAUAAUAUAUACAAAGAUGAUGCAUACUGAUUUGACUUUAAACAAAUUGUUGGCAUAACAACUGAAGAGUAAAGAACAUUAGUGAAAAGUAAAAUUUAAGUGUAAAAAUCUAAACAUAAACACCAUUCUACAUGGCAUUUGUAUGCAUACAAACGUUGCUAUGUAACUUAUGUAUACACAUACAUACAUUCAAUAAAAUUUACAAAAAAAACAAGUUUUUUAACAGGGCGCAGUUG